UGUGCCUUACUGAUGUGGCUGAGAAUAGUUCUGCAAUGUUGUAUUUUUAGCAUGCGCAGUCAGUUUAAAAGAUAAAACCAAGUAUAAAAUGUGAUCUGUUUUUCAAAAAUAAAUACGCUGAUUUUCCAAAUCGCAAUUUCCGUUGAUGCGUUACGCAGCAAAUGCAAUGAUUGCCUUUAAAGAUUUGGUUCUAAUCGUAAUGUUUGCUCACGCAUGCGCGCGUCCGGAAGAGCUAGCAGCAGGAACAGUUCCGCCACAGUCCUUGGCUGCAACACCCGCAGCACCGUCGGCGCAGUUGGUAACGCACUCGAUGGAGAUGUCUGUCAGUACACCGCCACCCAUACCGCAUCAAGUGGUCAUCGAGAGGCAAAUUGAAGUUGAGAAAGCGGAUUCCGUGCCCGCUGUAACACCAGUGGCUAGCACAACCGCUGUAGCGCCGUCGGCUACAGUCUCCUCUGAAUUACCGGACUAUUUAAAGAAUUGUUUUUACGCAGAAGAAGAGUUGUGUCUUAACUGGCGGCGCCACAAUGGCAGCGAUGAGCCACCCGUGCUCGAUCGCUUGGAUAUCUCCGGCGUUAAGUUAGAUGAUGGUGAAGAAAAUAUGUCGGACAAUAUGACUGCGAUUAGUGCACAAAACGACAGUCUAUUGCAGUCCCAGAAUCUCCAAGCUCGUGAUCGCGAUGCGAACAGCUGUCAGUGCCGAGAGCAUCCGACUCGAGCCAACUCGUGGUACUGUUGCAACAUUACGCACAUUUCGAUGAUCUCAAGUUGCAGUAACAUAUCCAAGUGGACGAAUCUGCAUGUGCGUAACCUCAGCGUACAGGCCAUGAACCUUUCCAAUCCGAUAUAUCGAUCGCUGCAGUCGCUCGCUGUUACUGAUGGAAAUAUUAUGCAAUUAACAAAUGCCUUUCCGCGUCAUUCAAAGUUGAAGUGCCUUAACAUAUCGAAUAAUAAUAUAUCAGACAUCGCAUCGCGUGCCGUAAAGGAUGUGCCUCAACUGGAGUUUUUCGGAAUAUCGAAAAAUCUGCUGUCCCGUGUUCCGAACCGCAACCAGAACAAACACAUAGCUUUAGAUAUUAGUGGGAACAUGCGUUUGCUCUGUGAGCCUCUAAACGAGAUUAUUUACGGUGAUUCAUUUAACUUUGUAAAUCCGGAAAACUCUUUUUGCUUAUAUAAUGCGACACACAAGUGGUUCAACUCAACAAAUUUAGUGUCGGUCAAACAGCUUGAGAGUAUCAAAAAGUGUGGUACCAAGUGCCCAGUUAUUCCGAACUAUGGGAACUGCUCUUGUAACAUAUAUAAUAUGAUGAUAAUACAGGGUGAUCAAUCUCGUACCGUUUGCCAUGUGGAUUGUUCAAACCUUGGCCUGCUUGAGCUCCCAUCUUUGCUGCCGGAUAAUACGUUCACUCUAAACAUAAGCAACAAUAAAAUAAGCACUCUUGGCGAUCACUUCCACACGAAUCCCACCUAUUACAAUAUUGUCAAGUUGGACGCCGAUAACAAUCACAUAUCAUCCAUUUACGAAUUUGAGGGCACAAAGUUUAUUGAGCAAUUUCAACGCCUUUAUAUGCGCAACAAUUCACUGACAAAGAUUCCCGAAUACUUUUUGAACAAUGCUCUUAUGGAUACUGGCAUUGGACGUCGUAUUUAUCUAGCAGAGAAUCGACUUCAAUGUGAUUGUAACUCGGCAAAAACGCUGCAAAACUGGCUAAGAGAGCGCAGCACAGAUAUACCGGACUAUAUGGAUAUUAGAUGCCGCAACUUACCUCAGAGUGUUAUUGAAUUACAAGAGACAAAGCUAUGCCAAUCGCCUCCGGAUUGGACUGACUACAUAUACUAUCUAAUAGCCGCAGAGGUAAUUCUCUUACUAGCCCUGAUCACGAAAGUUUCGUACGACUAUUGGGUCUUUAAAACCGCUGGUUAUCUGCCAUGGCCAGCUAGCAAAAUGCCAAAACUGCCUUGCGACUGUCUUUGUGAAUCAUAGAUAAGCUAAAGUGUGGAGCUCGUCCACAAAUUUAUAUAGUUAAUACAUACAUACAUCUUUUUGUUUUAAGCGAGUGUCGAAGUACAUUUGAGUACAUUGAGAUUAGCUAUAAAGCCACAUUUAAAAGGAAUCGAAGUAAAU